AUGAUGGCAGAAACUGCCACUGCCGCAACUGAUGAUAAAGAGACACCCGGGACACAAGAAAAUCUUCAAUCCAGAAUUGAAGAAGAUAGAUGGCUAAUCAGAGAAUGUGACUUAUACUAUGAUGAAUAUAAAGAGUGCACAAGCCUCAAAGGGAGAUUUCAGCAAUAUUUUAUAUAUGGUGAGACUUUAGACUGCAACCAAUGGAAGAAAGACUAUGAUAACUGUUGUAAAUGGGGAAGCAGUAAAGAUUUAAAAGCUGCUGAUGCCUUAAUUACAAGUGAAAGAAACCGAAGAAUGGAGAGAUUCAGAGCGCAUUAUAGAAAUGACAUUUGGAAGAAACGAGACUCACCACCAACUGACUGGGACAAGCCUUUACCAGAUUGGAUGCAAAAAAGAAAUGAAAAUAGUUUCCUUGCACAAAAAGCCAAAGAAAUUAAGGAAGGAAAACAAGAAGAAGCUAGCAAAAGUUGUUCAAUAAUGUAA